CCGCACGGCACCGUGGCCGUGCAAAUUGUUGUCAUAACUCAUGUGAUUAUUUUCUAAUACUUGAAAUACCCCAAGUAUGUGAGUGAAUUGUAGGUAAAGAACUUAUUCCAAGAAAAUUUGUUGCACAGUAUUGAGCUCAUUAUCAUCAGCCUGUCAUUGACUCAUUAUCCAUGAGGGCGUCAAAUUGCCCCAUCCGCUGGCUUUUCGGCUGUUGCAGUGACCAAGAACUAGUUGCAUGAUGAGUCUAAAAUUUGUUUUGGUUUCUCUGGCAUCAUUUUUUGAAUCAUGUGAUGAAGUUUUCUAUGACUUCUUUUUACAAAUUUUUAGUUAUAACAGAUUUUGUGGUGUCAUGACUGCGACUGAUUUCAAUCAAAAAGUGCCAUUGUCUUAACAUGUUAGCUUUCUACAAGGCAAUUUGUUGAACAUGUUUGUAAAUAAAAAAACAGCUCACUACUCACUAGUCAGACAGCAGCAGUGUCAACAUGUCCAACCAGGAGGACCCUGAGAAGGCUCUGGAGACGAUGGAUGAGGGCAGCGGCGAGGCCGGGAACGUGACCGCCCAGCUGAUGCGGAACCCGCAGGUGCUGGCCGCGCUGCAGGGCCGCCUGGACGGCAUGGUCGGCUCCCCGUCCGGCUACAUUGAGAGCCUGCCCAAGGUGGUAAAGCGGCGCAUCAAAGCCCUGAAGAAUCUCCAGCUGAAGGCCACAAAUAUUGAAGCCGCAUUCUACGAGGAGGUGCACGCGCUAGAGUGCAAAUACCACAAACUCUACGUGCCUCUCUAUGAACAGCGUAACACCAUCAUCGGCGGCGACUACGAGCCGACCGACGCAGAGUGUGAGUUUACACUGGAUGACGAGAUCAGCCAGGAGAUGGAGGAUAAGGCCAAGAUCGGCGACGGAGACGCCAAGCUGCACGACAUGGACGAAAACACAAAGGGCAUCCCUGAGUUCUGGCUGACGGUAUGUAAGAACGUCGACCUGCUCUCGGAGAUGAUCCAGGAACACGACGAGCCCAUCCUCAAACACCUGCGAGACAUCAAAGUCAACUUCGCAGAGAGCCCCAUGGGUUUCACGUUAGAGUUCCACUUUUCACCAAACGAGCACUUCACAAACACCGUCCUCACCAAGGAGUAUUUCAUGAAGUGCAAGCCGGACGAGCGGGAACCGUUCUCGUUCGAGGGACCCGAGAUCUACAAAUGCAAGGGCUGCACAAUAGAUUGGCAGAAGGGCAAGAACAUCACACUGAAGACCAUCAAGAAGAAGCAGAAGCACAAGUCACGCGGCAGCACGCGCACAAUCACCAAGACCGUACAGAACGACUCUUUCUUCAACUUCUUCAGUCCGCCCGCCGUGCCCGACGACCCGGACGCAGACGUGGACGAGGAAGUUCAGGCCCAGCUGACGGCCGACUUCGAGAUCGGCCACUACAUUCGGGAGCGGAUCGUGCCGCGGGCCGUACUCUACUUCACCGGAGAGGCGCUGGAGGAGGACGACUAUGACGACGAGGAGGAGGAGGAAGAGGACGGAGAGGAAGGCAGUGACGACGACAUGGACGACGAGGAGGACCCCGACUUCGACCCCAAGAAGGUCAAAGGACCCAAGGGCAAGGGCGGCGACCCACAGGAGUGCAAACAGCAAUAGUCUGCACCGCCCGCCGCCCGUCCGCCUGUUCUCAGAGACAUUCUCUCGUCGGCUGCUGCAGCCGCCGCUGUGACGCCGUCGCCGAGCGCGGCAUGUUGAUGUACUUUCUGCGAUAGCUGCCACGCACGCUAGUGUCGGCCGAUAAUAAUAAACUCUGUUCCGUGUA